GCUCCCUCCGCCCUCCCCAGGCUCCAGCGGUGGCUGAGUGAACGGGACCGGCCCGGCCUCAGAGCGCGAGGUGGCGGGUGGGACGCGGGCGCCUGAAGGAGUUGUUGUUUCGGCAGCGCCCGUGGAGACGUGAAGAGGUGGAUGUGGGAAGAGAAGUUUGCAGAACUGAAAUGGAGGUCAGGGCUUCAUUACAGAAGGUUAGUGGAUCAUCUGAUUCUGUGGCUACAAUGAACAGUGAAGAAUUUGUUUUGGUUCCUCAGUAUGCAGAUGAUAAUUCUACAAAACAUGAAGAGAAACCUCAACUGAAGAUAGUUUCUAAUGGUGAUGAACAAUUGGAAAAAGCCAUGGAAGAGAUUUUGAGAGAUUCCGAGAAAAGGCAAAGCAGUCUUCUUGUUGAUUGUCAAAGUUCCAGUGAGAUUUCAGACCAUUCGUUUGGAGAUAUUCCAGCCAGCCAAACAAAUAAGCCAUCUCUUCAGUUAGUUUUGGAUCCGUCUAACACAGAAAUUUCUACACCCAGACCAUCUUCUCCAGGUGGACUACCUGAAGAAGAUAGUGUUUUAUUUAAUAAACUGACCUACUUAGGAUGUAUGAAGGUUUCUUCUCCACGUAAUGAAGUAGAGGCUUUACGAGCAAUGGCAACCAUGAAAUCUUCCAGUCAAUACCCCUUUCCUGUUACCCUGUAUGUACCAAAUGUUCCAGAAGGUUCUGUGAGACUCAUAGACCAAUCCAGCAAUGUGGAGAUAGCAUCUUUUCCAAUCUAUAAAGUGUUAUUCUGUGCACGUGGACAUGACGGAACAACAGAGAGCAAUUGCUUUGCAUUUACAGAGAGUUCCCAUGGUUCAGAAGAGUUUCAGAUACAUGUUUUCUCCUGUGAAAUUAAAGAGGCAGUAAGCAGAAUUUUGUACAGUUUCUGUACAGCAUUCAAACGUUCUUCCAGACAAGUGUCUGAUGUUAAAGACUCAGUUAUUCCUACCCCCGACAGUGAUGUGUUUACCUUCAGUGUCUCCUUGGAGGUAAAAGAAGACGAUGGAAAAGGAAACUUUAGCCCUGUGCCUAAGGAUAGAGAUAAAUUUUACUUCAAAUUAAAGCAAGGAAUAGAGAAGAAGGUUGUGAUUACAGUGCAGCAACUUUCUAACAAAGAAUUAGCUAUUGAAAGAUGUUUUGGAAUGUUAUUAAGCCCAGGUCGAAACGUGAAGAACAGUGACAUGCAUUUACUGGAUAUGGAAUCCAUGGGAAAGAGCUAUGAUGGGAGAGCUUAUGUCAUCACUGGCAUGUGGAACCCCAAUGCACCAAUAUUUCUGGCACUUAAUGAGGAAACCCCAAAAGAUAAGCGAGUAUACAUGACUGUGGCAGUGGAUAUGGUAGUCACAGAGGUGGUGGAGCCUGUUCGCUUUCUCCUGGAGACAGUAGUUCGUGUGUACCCUGCAAAUGAGCGAUUUUGGUAUUUCAGCAGAAAGACUUUCACAGAGACUUUCUUCAUGAGAUUGAAACAGUCUGAGGGAAAAGGCCAUACCAAUGCUGGAGAUGCAAUAUAUGAGGUGGUGAGUCUACAGCGAGAGUCUGACAAGGAGGAACCAGUCACUCCUACUAGUGGAGGGGGUCCAAUGUCACCCCAGGAUGAUGAAGCAGAAGAGGAGAGUGAUAAUGAACUCUCAAGUGGAACAGGUGAUGUGUCUAAGGAUUGUCCUGAGAAGAUCCUAUAUUCUUGGGGAGAAUUGCUAGGAAAAUGGCACAGUAACCUUGGUGCACGACCGAAAGGGCUGUCUACUCUGGUGAAGAGUGGUGUCCCUGAAGCAUUGAGGGCAGAGGUAUGGCAGUUAUUGGCAGGCUGCCAUGACAACCAGGCAAUGCUGGAUAGAUACCGAAUUCUUAUCACAAAGUCUCUCUCUGACACCCAGGCAGGAGUGCAGUGGUGCGAUCAGGACUCAUUGCAGCCUCGACCUCCCAGGCUCAAGCAGUCCUCCUGCCUCAGCUUCCUGAGUAGCUGGGACAACAGGGACAUGGAUGAAGCUGGAAGUCAUUAUCCUCAGCAAACUAACGCAGGAACAGAAAACCAAACACCUCGUAUUGACUCAGCCCAGGAGAGUGUUAUUACUCGAGAUAUUCAUCGUACAUUUCCCGCACAUGAUUACUUUAAAGAUACUGGAGGAGAUGGUCAGGAAUCGCUCUAUAAGAUCUGCAAGGCCUACUCUGUGUAUGAUGAAGACAUUGGGUACUGUCAAGGGCAGUCUUUUCUUGCUGCUGUAUUACUGCUGCAUAUGCCAGAGGAACAAGCAUUCUGUGUUUUGGUGAAAAUCAUGUAUGACUAUGGUUUGAGAGACCUCUACAAAAACAACUUCGAAGAUCUUCAUUGCAAAUUCUACCAGUUGGAAAGACUAAUGCAGGAACAGCUACCGGACCUGCAUAGCCAUUUUUCUGAUCUGAACCUGGAAGCUCAUAUGUAUGCAUCCCAGUGGUUUCUCACUCUUUUUACUGCCAAGUUCCCACUCUGCAUGGUGUUCCACAUCAUUGACUUACUGCUUUGUGAGGGUUUGAACAUAAUCUUUCAUGUAGCUUUGGCUCUCCUAAAGACCUCAAAGGAAGACCUUCUGCAGGCUGAUUUUGAAGGUGCUUUAAAGUUCUUCAGGGUUCAGCUUCCAAAGAGAUACAGGGCAGAGGAAAAUGCAAGAAGACUGAUGGAGCAGGCUUGCAAUAUUAAAGUACCAACCAAGAAGCUGAAGAAAUAUGAGAAAGAAUAUCAGACAAUGCGAGAGAGUCAGCUGCAACAGGAAGACCCAAUGGAUAGAUACAAGAGGGAGAACCGAAGAUUACAGGAGGCCAGCAUGAGGUUGGAACAAGAGAAUGAUGACCUCGCCCAUGAACUAGUAACAAGCAAAAUUGCUCUACGGAAUGACUUGGAUCAGGCAGAAGACAAGGCAGAUGUGUUGAAUAAGGAGCUCCUCUUGACCAAACAGAGGCUGGUGGAGACUGAAGAGGAGAAGAGGAAGCAAGAGGAAGAGACUGCCCAGCUAAAAGAAGUCUUCAGGAAACAGCUAGAGAAGGCAGAAUAUGAAAUAAAGAAGACUACAGCUAUCAUUGCUGAGUAUAAACAGAUCUGUUCGCAGUUGAGUACCAGGCUGGAGAAACAGCAAGCAGCCAGCAAGGAGGAGCUGGAAGCGGUAAAGGGUAAGAUGAUGGCAUGCAAACACUGCAGUGACAUUUUCAGCAAGGAGGGUGCUUUGAAGCUAGCAGCCACAAGCAGAGGGGACCAGGGAAUUGAAACGGAUGAUGAGAAAGACUCACUUAAGAAGCAGCUGAGAGAGAUGGAACUGGAACUGGCACAAACCAAACUGCAGUUGGUGGAGGCCAAGUGUAAAAUUCAGGAACUUGAACAUCAGCGAGGAGCCCUUAUGAAUGAAAUCCAAGCUGCGAAAAACUCUUGGUUUAGCAAAACCCUGAACUCUAUCAAAACGGCCACGGGCACCCAGCCAUUGCAGCCAGCACCGGUCACCCAGCCACCCAAGGAGAGCACAUAGUUCCAGCCUUACCCAAGCACAAGAGCACAAUGUUCAAAGCAAUGGAAAUCUGGGAGGAUUCUUCCUGGUGUCCCUUUGAAGGAAAGUCAAGGAGGCCAGAAAACAAGCCAGAAUCUUUCAGUAGCUCUCACUCUUUCUUGUAUGACACUUUUCAAAGGGAUGUUAUUUAAACUGACCUGUUCUAUGUUAAAUACCUAUUUUCCAGCUUCAUGGAAGGCCAUGUUCAGAUCCAUCAUAGUAUUACAUACUAUUUUGUUUGCCUGAUGUUUAGUUGGAAAUAAGUAAUUCAGAACUAAAUCCUUAUUUAGAGCUAAUUAUUCAUAAUUAUUUCUAUCUUACAUAAAAAUGGAGACAUCUGCUAUUCCAAGGUUGAAGGGAUAAGAAGAUCUUUGUCACAGGAAAAAAAAAUUGAAACCUAAACAUCUUAAGUUUUCAGGAUUUAUUCUGAUAAAACACACUGUGGGGCCAGGCAUGACCGCUCUCAGGUUUCCUCCUGAGCCUGAUUCCCAGGGGUGUGAUAAUCCUGUCCAAAGGAAAGAACCAAUCAGCGAUCAUUGGUUUACUUUCAUUUUCUGUUCGGUACAUCUGGAAAUGAAGUGCCAGGAAUAGACGGGCUGUUCAGACUAUACACUAGGUAAAAGGAACUGAGAUUUUAAUAAGUGUAGGUUAGGAUCAUUUGGGCUGUGGUAUUCUAACAGAUCCUUUUAAGAACUCCACAUGGGACUUGUGAGUUCCUAAGUAUGCCUAAGUAUGGACACAGAUGUGACUUCUGGCAAUUAUAAAGUUAAAGGUGAAUAUUGCGCCUUACAGACUUAGGGAGCCCUUACCAGAGACGCCUAAAAAGCCCCAGGUUCAGCCAUUGUGCUGAACAGAGUGAAUAUAGAACCAGGGACAGAGUAUUUCAUUUAACGUUGAUACAUACUUGCUAAGGAAACACUAACAAUAUUGUAACUUUGUUAAAGGACAUAGUAUUGAAAUGGGAAAUAGAGGUCAGACUCACAUCAUCUUAGUUUAAUGCUGGGCAACUUUUUCUGAUUUCUGUAGUUCCCUGAAAAUGUGUCCUUUGUACCCAUAAAGAGAUACAAAUGCAUUUGUAACAUUUUUGAUUGAAUAUAAAACCUUUCUCAUGGAAAGGUAAAGCUAUUGUUUAAAAAUUAGUGGAAAUAUUUUUUCAAUUAUAUUUAACAUGCCUAUAAAAAUAGUCCUUCCAGGAAAUUAUUUGAUAAGAGCAAACUAUUUUUAUUUUAUAAACUAUUUUGGAGGCCUCUGAUCCUUUCACACCAACCAAACUACUAUUAGAUAUGUACAGUAACAUUUGUUGAUAUUCAUCAUUGGCCUCAUUGUUGAACAUAUUAUUUGCAAAGAAUCUUAAACUCUGUAGUGCCAGAAUGAUUCUCAUCUGUGCCAUAUUUUGCGAUUAAAAGUAACACACCCUUAGAAGAAUCAAAUAAGAGCCAUCUACACCCCAGGAGGAUGCACCAAGUUGCUCACAGUGGAUCUUUUCCUCUAAAAUGAUCUUUUAUGUUCUAAAAAGUGAAAUCCCCUUUAUCUGUGUUUAUAUUCUCUACAGCCCAUAAAACUGAUGUGAUCGUUAUGUUAUACUCAUCAGAUAAUACUUUUCUUACAUAAAUCUUUUGUUGUUGUUCUGACAUCUUUCAUUACAAAAUUUAUUUUCUUAACAAAAAGGAACACAACCCAGCGUUCCAAGUGUCUGUUGGAUUUAACAUUCUCUACAUGAUGGUCUAGAUAAGCUAUUUUUUUUUUUUUUUUUUUUUUUUGUAAAAUAUAAUAGCUAGAAAAUGUUAUCUUGGCACUUGUUUUUGUAAAUCAUUUAGUAUAGGCUGUUAGCUUUACUGGUACUUUACGCUUUGAUUCCAAGAAGCCCUGUGCAGUUGCCUUAUCAAAUGGCCAGCUAAAUUAAAGAUGCUCUUUUGUGUUGUGAAUUUCAUGGUUCUGUGCAGAGCUUGUUUCAAUUUACAAAAAUAAGUACAUUCCACAGAAUGCCUAAAGUGCAUAAUUUUCUUUAAAUAAUAGUAGGUGAGGGAGAAACAUAAUGGCUCUAGGUCAAUCCCUUAUCUGAAGACCUUGUUCAACUUCAUAGUCCCUUUCCUUUUAAAAAGAAAAAUCCCCCCCUGGCCAGGCAUGGUGGCUCACGUCUGUAAUCCCAGCACUUUGGGAGGCUGAGAUGGGUGGAUCACCUAAGGUCAGGAGUUUGAGACCAGCCUGGCCAACAUGGUGAAACCCUAUCUCUACUACAAAAUACAAAAAUUAGCCAGGCGUGGUGGUGGGCGCCUGCAAUCCCAGCUACUCGGGAGGUUGAGGCAGGAGAAUCACUUGAACCCAGGAGGCAGAGGUUGCAGUGAGCCAAGAUUACGCCAUUGCACUCCAGCCUGGGCAACAAAAGCAAAAUUCCGUCUCGAAAAAUCACCAGGUACAUACCUCUCAAAGUUUGAUAAGUCCAUCUUUUGAGUUUUCUUUUAGCUCUUUCAAAAGAUUAUGAGGGCAAUACAUAGUUUUUUUUUUUUUUUAAUUCUCCAGCCCCAUAUCAUACUUGGGUAUGCCUGUUGGUACCAUAAGCCUAAACUCUCCUUCACUGCAAUGCCUUUGAGUCAGUAGCAAUAGUAAAGACUAGAAACAAAGAAAAUUCAGAAUUUGGUAUGUGAUAUGAUUGUUCAUACAAUAUGUUAUAAUAGCAAUAUUCCAAACAAUAUGUCCUUCGCUGUCUAUUGUUGGAAAACUCAUGCAUCCCAGCAUGAAGUAACUCCUAGUUUUAAUUUCACUUAUUUUGAGAUAUAUUUGAGAAUUGCAUCUCUUCUCUUGAAUUUCAUUUAGAAGAGAUUAACCAGCCAAAUAUCCAGGAAAGUUUCAAAACAUUCUCGUGUUUUUCAUCCUUUCCUAGGAUGCACUCUGUAUAAAACAUUCCUCUGAAAAUCUAAUAUUUGCAGUAUCUAAGAAUUGAUCAUUUCUAUUUUCAUUAAAUUCUGUAGAAAAAAUUAAAUGAAUGAAAUUCAACUUCAUAAUUCAGUUCAUCAGCUUUUAUAUCUUGAGAAUCUAAACACGUCUUUAAAUCUGAAAGAAACCAAGCUGGAUUUUGCAGUGCAUAUGUUUGCUAGCUUCCCACAUCCUGAACCAUGUCAAAAUUUGGUUAUAUUUAGUUACAUAUAAUUUAAUGCAAAGAAAUUCUCAGUUACUUAAUGUUCUGUUUAUUUAUGAGUGCCUAUCAGGAACACUAAUAGGAAUGCCAUUCAACCAGUGUCUUCUGCCCCUCUCCCAGCUGUUAAAUUAGUACUUUCUUCUUCAUUGGCUUUCUGAAAUGUCCUGAGUAAAGUAGAAAAGCAACCUUUGUAUGGAUGUGGGGAUAUUUAAUAGUAUGUAUCUUCUUUCAUUUUUUUCCUAGGGUGUAUAAAUAUUUAUUUUUCUCCAACCCCUGCUCCAUUUUCUUAAAAUAUUUUCCAGUUAAUAACUAGUUGCUUUAUUUCCUAGCUGAAGUGAGAAACCGACAGAAAACAAUACAGAUUUGGGCAGAGGAGAUAGAGUUAGAUCUUUAAAGGAGUCAGCCAGUCACCCAGAAGGAGAAUCACACGUGUAACUGAUGUAGGGGUUUAAGCCUUCUUUUACUUUCACUAAAAUCUGUCUACUAACUCUUCCACCAACCUUUGCAUCAAACACUUAGGUAGCUGCCUGAUUAGGGGGCCCCUUUAAGGGAAAAAAAAAAAUUUUUUUAAAUUAAAUGCCUUGGUUUUGUUUAUCUUCUGGGAAAGAACACUUAUUUGAUUAGCAAGAUGAUUAUAUUAUAUAACUUGCCCCUUAAAAACACUCCAAAAUACUGACUCCUUUGCUCCAAUUACAAAUGAGAGAGUGAAGAAAUUCUGUUGUAUGAUUUGAACACUAUUAGGUUUGUAUGUGUGUUUAAUUGGAAGAAUUUUAUAUAGAGUAUCUCUGCUUCUUUUGUUUACCUGGGUACCACACAACCAAAUACACAUUGAGAUUUCAAGAAAUGAUGAUGAAAGCCAGAAGGCCAGACCACAGCUCUGCAGCCUGUUUCCUACAACCAGAUAUAAAACUCUUUCUAGUCACCGUGCUGAUAGUCACACUGAACUAGAACUGUCCCAACACAUUCUUCCUCUCUCAUAAUGGCUUCCAUUUAAUACAGGCAAAGCCCUUUACCUUAGCAAAUUCUUUAUCUUUCAAAAGUGACCAAAAUGAUGACUUCAACCUUGGCUGCACCUCAGUAGGAGAUUCUGAUCUUGAGUUGUAAUGAGAAAAGUGGACAUAUAGGAGAUUUUAGUGACUGCAGUCAGCUGUCUGGCAUUCCUUUCUCAGUUUGCAUCUAAAAGACUACAUAUGUCAAGCUUAUCUCCACUUGACUUUGCUGCCUGCUAUAAAAACAUUUCAUUAAUAUAUCCCAUUUUUCCUACCUCCAUCUCUGGUUUGUCAUUAGUGGUAUUCUGAAAAGCUUAAGAAAAAAGAACCAUUGAGUAGAAAGCGAACAUUUUAAGUUAUUUUCCUUUUUCAUUGGCAAUUAGUUAACGUAAAAUCUUUUCCAUUAAACUGUGUAACUUUUAAUAACUAUAUAUUAUAUAUGGGAUAAAAUAUGUGGACUGAAUUGUGAGAAUAUAAAUGCAUCGAAAGACUUUGGUGUCAUGAAAGCACAAGAAUAAGGCUGGAGAUGGUCCCAGAUCCAAGAUGUCCCAAAAGCCUUUUGUAUCAGUUUCUCUAUUUUUGGUAUUUUGCAUAAUGCAUGGAUCCUUAGUUCAAAUGAGGGACAAAGUUUCUCAGUCAGCCCCACUUCCUUUCUUUCUAACUCCUAUCUUUCCCUUGCAGAGGAGGUAGCAGAGAUUCUGAAUUGUCUAUUUUUAUGAAUUCCAUUAUUUUGUCCAUGGCAUCUCUAAUGAAAACAGGUUCUAGAAUAAAGGAGUUGAUUAGUCUGAACAGUACUAAUUAACUACAAAAUAAACGUUAGUGAUCAGCCUCUUCCUCUACAAACAAUGACCAAUUAGAUGUUUCCAUAAUUCCAUGUAUUAUGUAUAGUACACUCUAUAAAUGUAAAUGUAAUGCUUGUCUAAAAAGUGCAAUUUAUUGUACAUUGUCCCAACAAAUGUUUACUUUUAUAAUCGUUAUGAACAUGAAUUGGAUUAGUAUCUUGUUUUUAUGUGUGAAUGAAGCCUUGUGAAAUAAACAAAUGCAACUGAGAAGGUAACAAGGUAACUGUUUUUGUGAGCCAGUGAUGUUUUCAAUGCUUUGUGUUGCCCCUUUGGCCCCAUUAAGCAGUAAUAAACAUUUGUUCUGAAGUCCA